AUGCCAUCGAUCGGCCGAAGGGAGACGAGGCUCCACCACGAGUCUCGGCCGUUAAGGAACAUCGGCAACCGGUGCAUGCGAGCGGCCAGCGCCGCGUCGACAAAAAGAUCCCUCAGAACGGAGAGACAACCGGGAAGCAGACCCGGUAACUGUCGCUCUGUUGUGGCGCGGGAGCAGUCUGACAAAGAAGAGCGUCCCUCCAAGGGCGAAAAGAAGAACGUGGACCUGAAGUCGCGUCGCGGCAAGAGAUGCGUGAAGCUGGAGGUCUAA